AUGUCGAAUCGCAAUCAGAUCGACUCUGUCAUCGACGAUGAUGACGAGUUUUGCCCACUCUGUAUCGAAGAAUUUGAUCUUUCAGACAAAAAUUUCAAACCUUGUCCUUGCGGUUAUCAAAUCUGUCAGUUUUGCUAUAACAACAUCAAAACUCAUAGCGAAGAAGGCCGAUGUCCCAACUGCAGACGUGUCUACGACGAAAGCACUAUACAAUACAAGGUUCCUGAUGCAGACGAGUUUAAAGCUGAUCUGGCGCUGAAACAUCGAAAAGCGGCUGCCGCGAAGAAAAAGGAAGCUGAAAAACGAGAAAUAGAGGCUUCCAGUCGAAAAAACCUCGCUGGUGUCAGGGUCGUUCAAAAGAACCUAGUUUACGUUAUUGGUUUGAACCCCACUAUACGGGACGAAGGACAGCUUCUGCAGGCGCUGCGUGGCCCGGAGUAUUUUGGCCAAUAUGGCGAGAUCGACAAGAUUGUCGUCAGUAAGGCCAAACCGGGCGGUAACCCCAAUCAAGGAAUCGGCGUCUACGUGACUUUUGCACGAAAAGUCGAUGCAGCCACCUGUAUUGCGGCUGUAGACGGAUCGACAAAUGGUGAUAGAUUACUCAGAGCACAAUACGGAACCACUAAAUAUUGCUCGUCUUUCCUUCGAAACGAACAGUGCAAUAACCGAAAUUGUACAUUUCUUCACGAGACUGGAGACGAUAAUGAGAGUUAUAGCAGGCAGGAUUUGUCUUCCAUGAAUACAGCGCAAAGACAACAUUAUGCAAAUGGUGCGACAACUGCUGGCAGUCGACCUUUCACCCAGCCUCCGCAAUCUCAGCCUAUGCGUAGACAGGGCAGCAAAGAUGAUGGCGCGAAAGGGCUACCAGAUGGCCCUGCCCUCCCAUCCUCCGCGAGUUGGGCAAACAAGGAUGCACCUAUAAAUCGUGCUAGGCGGCUCAGUGGCACUGGUAGCCGCUCAUCCCCGAGCCCGAAGCCUGCAAAUGUUCCAAUGGCUAAGAGUGAAGAAGUGAAGAGAAAUUUUCCAACCGCUCAAGAAUCCCGACGGUCCACUCCGGCUCCCGCUUCCACUCCAGCUCCAGCACCUGUUCAACCAGCUGCUCAAAACGUCCCUUCAACUAAACCGGCGCCAGUCAAAGAUUCUUUGCUAGAGUCGCUUCUCAAUGCAGUUAACUCUCCGGGAUUUCGCUUCGUCUUCUCGACAGAUGGCUUAUCCGACGAUGAUCUCAAAUACAUAGAGAACGGCCCCUCUCUCAUUGAUCCUUACGGCGGGGCCAAACGCCGAGCAAUGCGAGAGAAAGUCGAGCAGGAGCGCGCAAAGCAGGAAGCCGAAACCCAGUCAUUGUUACAGUCGGCAGCUGCGGAGGAGGAAAACCGCGAGAGUGGUAGCUUGCAAUUGGGUGGCGAACCGGACGAUGCACACCCAUCGAGAGGUACGGUUUCCCGUAAUCGCGAUGGCCACGGCGCGAUUCAACCUCCCUCGCAGCAAAACACGAACACCAAUUCAUUAGUCGGUUCUCCUGCAUCCAUAUCGCAGCAAUUCCACAACCUGAACAUAAACAAUCGAAGCUUGACUCCGCUUCAGCAGCAACAACUUAUGCUGCUGAAAUCAGGUACCGGUCAGCAAGGUGCGCUUGUGGAUUCUUUAAAUCCUUCAUUCGAUCAAGCUUCCCAGUCUCGAUCAAGUCUGUUCCAAGGAGGCAUCUCUCAAGCAGGGACUUCCAAUACGAGACUAUUCGGUCAACAAAAUUUGAUGCAGUCUGGAAAUCCUAGCCAACUCGUCGCUCCUGCUCCGCAACAGGGCAUUUCGAACCAAUUCUAUACCAGUAGCGUCCAAGGCCCUCCUCCAGGAUUGAAAACUGCAGGUACUCCGCCCAUCAGUGGUGGUGGCAUGUUUGCACAGGGUCACGGGUUUACGUCGAACACAAAUCUUGGUCUUGGUGCAAAUGUCGGAAAGCAAGAGGCGAAUCCAGACUUCAUGCGCGAGUUACUUCGUGGUCGUGGUGCCUCGGCCGGAACAGGUGGAUUACAAGGUCAUGAAUCUGCUAAGCGUGAGUUCUUACUUCCCUUCAUUCAACAGCACCCUACCCCCCCUCCCCUGACUCCCGCUACUGGCCUUCUCAGCGCAUUCUAUGGCUCCCAGAACGGUGCUCUUGCCGAUUUUGGACCACAGAAGCAAAAGAAGAAGGGGAAGAAGCACAGACACGCUAACACUUCCUCCGGUGGAGGCGGUGUAGUAGAUCUUGCGGACCCGAGCAUUCUGCAGGCGAGGAUGCAUCAAGUCGGUGUUGGUUCGACUGGGCAAGUGCUAUACGGAAGUCAGGGGCAAGUCGAUGAUGAUGAGUUUCCUCCUCUGAAUAUUGGACAGAAGAGCAAGUUGGAACAUGCAUUUCGAACGACAUUAAACCAUGACUCGCGAGAGCAUUCUCGCUCUGGCACUCCUACUCUUCCUCCUGGCCUCCCACUUCCACACGGUCAUCCACCUUCACGCUUCUUUUCAGAAAAGAAGAGCUCGGAGAGCCAGGAUUUUCCUAUUAAUCCUCCUACUCACGGCCCUCCCGGUCUUCCGGUAUCCCGACGCGGGACUCCUCUGCAGAAGUCGUUUGAUACUGAGUCUCGGCGACAAACACCAGCGGCUCAAGAUGUAUUCGAUGAAAAUGCACUAACCGACAAGACUCGCAACUUCGGAGAUAUCUCCUUAGGUUCCCCAAAGGCCCGAUCGGCAAGGAAGCUCAAUGUUACAGCACUAAAGGAACAACCGGCUGGAAACAAACAACCGUCAGUGGCCAAAGGUGCACAUAGCAAGAAACCCAAGCCUAUUAAACUUGACCUUUCUAUGCCACUGGAUGACUUGCAGACGCCGUCACCUGUAAAGGAAAGCCCGGCUUCUAGUAAUGCUGCACCUGCACACCUGCCACAAUCAGUUGCAGCUAGCUCACGACCCGGGACGCCGUUAACAGGGAUCUCGCGGAACUCUGAUUCCUCUGGACCGCGUCAACCAAGAGUACUGCGAGUUGUAGACACACCGAAGACAGGGACGCCGCCUCCGGUGUCUGCGGUGCCGUCAUUAUCUUCGGUUGUCCAGGCCAAAAUCCGCUCCAGACGGCCUAGUCUUUCAUCAGCGGGCCGCCCUGACACGCCUGGCGACGUGGGUUCCGACUUUGACAUAACGACUUCCGCAUCUGUGUCGCGGGCCAAUUCACCUCCUCCAUCUAAAAUAGGCUCUGCUCCUGUGCGUGCCAUGACAAAGAAUCAAGUCAAAAAAGAACGGAGAUUAAAGGCAAAGCAGGCAGAAGAGGCUAUCAAAGAAGAGAUAGCGACAGCCAUCCCUGAGGAACCUGUGCAGGCCCCGAUCAUCGGACGAAAACGCAAGACUAAGAAGCCACCUACUGCUUCCUCUGAGCCAGCUUCAUCUGUAUCUACGAAGGAGGUUUCUGAUGCAGAAAACGCUACCACACAAAAGACUGAAGCAAAAGCCGCUGUAGGCACCCGGAAACCGAAAUCCUCGCCAGAGAAGGCGCCCGAUGCCAGCAAGUCUGUUUCAGAUGCGGAUGUGCCUGAGCCUCAGGCUGAAGAACCGUGGAGGGCUAACAACACCAUUGCUCAGCUGGUCGAGGAUGCCAAGGCUACGGGGUCUUCCAUUAAGGACCUGUUCUUGGAACGGACAGCGCCUCUCCAUGUUCUUUUGGCUCAAAUGCAAAGUAAAGGCGAGAUUGAUCUCACUAGUCAUCCGCUUUUCAAUCCUCCGCCUCUCAAUCAACGCACCGACAUGAAAUGUGACGCAGAGGAUUAUGAGUGUUUGAAAUUACACUUGUACAUUUCGGAAGAGGAUAAGAAAACUCUUCUCAGCGGUAAGCCACUAAGGAUCAAUCACGGCAGUGAUUUAUUGAAGGUUCGAUUCAUGAUUACGCCCAAGGGCCGAGUGCUGCGCCAUCUCACGGACGAGGAAGAGGACCGUUACCUUGAGUUGGAGAGUCGUAUGGAUCCGGAUACGUGGAGUGAAUAUCCUUCGACGACUGUGCCGGGUCUUGAUACUACCAAUAUGAAUGGAGGACUGGAUGCGCUGUUCUUGACACCGGGAAGAUUUAAUGUCGCUCUGUCUGAACCAGCAAGUCCCAGGAUGUCCCUUGCUGCUGCCGGAGCAGUUGUCAGCGCUGAAGAUCAGUUUGCGCUUGAUCCCCCUUCGGAAUCCGGUCCAAAUGUUUCAACCAUGGCGGAAGUGGAUCAUGCUCGUAAAAUCCCCGAAUCGGUGCGGUAUCCUAUCAUGCCAGAAAUGGACAAUGUUUUUGGCAUGUCAAAUAAGGAGUUGCGCGGCUUCAUCGAACAGUCUCAGCGUGAGUUGGAGAGUUCUCGGAAGGAGUUUGAUGCUAUUGAUAAGAAACUGGCGGCUCUCGUGAAGCGAAACAAGAAGCUUGCUCAGCAGGCUCUCAGUUCGGUUGUUGAAGUUGGGAAAUAG